AGCAUUCAGCACUACCAGCUGGGACACAGCACGUCUCAUGCCUGCAGCAGCUGCUAUUGGUACAAUCUGUCCUCUCCAAGGGAUGUGAACAGGACUUGAACAAAAACAAAACACAUAGAAUAACUGCUGGUUUGGAAUCCCUGCAUACAUAGCACGGGACUGAUGUGGAUUCUGGAGAAACUUAAAACAUCAGAUACUUUUGGACCAGAAACUGAUCUGAACAUGAGGAACAUUCUCAAUAAUAAGAGACAACGUCCUCUCACCUGCCCCAAUGUCCUGACACCAGACAGAAUCCCUGAAUUCUGCAUCCCUCCCCGGUUUCCAUCACAGAGGGGAAUGAAAAUGAGGAGCCUUCACAGGUCUGUCCCUGACCUCAGUGGGACAUCUUAUGAUUCAGGACUGCUCAACCUCCCAGAGAGACAUUUCAUCCAAGUAGAGAGUGCAGAGGACCUGCCUGAAGAAGACAGCACCAAUGCUGAUCCUCGGUCACAGGCAGCCUUGUCUCUACCCCACCUUCCCAAAACACAGACUUCCUAUGGGUUCUGUACUUUGCUGGAAAGCCCAAACACCAGAAGGAAAGAGUCACUCUUCCACAAUGACCCUGCUACUUUUCCCAUACUUCUGCCCCGAUCUCGUUCUAGCACCACCACUUGUCAAGGGAAAGCCUCUUCUAAUAGCUUCACCAUGCUUCGGCUGAGGACACUUAGCCGAUCCAGUACCUUGGACAGCGACACAUCCUCUUCAACAGACUCUUCACCUUUUAGCUCUCCUCUACUCCACAGAUCUAUUCCACGGGGCAGCACACUGCUAAAGGCUAUAAGUCAUGACAAACUUUUCUCCAGGGCCUUCAGGAGAAGAAAAAAUGUGAAAUUGAAUCUUUCCAGAAAUAACUCCCUGUCUGCAGAUGACGGUAGCUCAACGGACAGCAGUCCCAGCAUCAUCCGCAGAGUUUCUGAUGGGAUGAUGGACUCUGUCUGUCCAAUGGAUCUUCUAUAUUCUCGGGACAGACUUAUGUCAGAUAACUCGGUGAUCUUGAGUAAUGGCAGUUCACUACGUUUAUCAACAGAGUAUUGUCCUGUAGCCCAGAGACUUCGUGUUCGUCUUAUCAGUGCUGAGGGACUCUACGAUCCCAUUACUGACCCGAAAACCAUAAACUGCUUUGUUUCUCUCUCCAUCACUCCUGGCAAGAAUCAGAAGCAACGCAGUACAAUCAUAAGGAGAAGUCGUAACCCGAUCUUUAAUGAGGACUUUUUCUUUGAGAACUUGUCCGAAGCACAGCUGCAAUGCCGCUGUCUUAAGUUGAAAGCCAUCAAUAAAACAUGCGGAAUGAAGAGAGAUGUUGUGCUGGGACAGAGCGAGCUGCCACUAAUCAGCUUCCUGUCUUUAUGAGGAGAAGACAAUCCUAAUGUCUCCUCAUGCACUUUGAUCCAAAGCAGAACAAAAGGACACUCAGAAUUAUUUCACUGUACUGUACUUCUCAAAAGCAAACCUGAUAUAUUGAGACAUGUCUUUUUCAAAGCCUAGUAGAGGCAAAAGCCUAAUUCUUUUGGAUUUUUAAUAGACCUGGUUUUGGAGCUAUCAAUUGUCAGCAAGCAAGGACAUAGCACAUCGCGUGUCUCUCCAAAAGCUGUGAUCAAUAACAACCAUUGUGUUUUAAAGUGACUGAACAGUAAAUAUACAGGCAAACAUGCCAGUCUCAUUUAAUUCUGUUUUUUUCAGUCUGCCUCAGGGAACAAAAAUGAGUAAUGUAAGCUCUUUCGUGAAAACAGUGCUGCCUACCGUAAAUAGUUUUGUAUUGAUCCACACUUCUUAUUACUGUGC